AAAAUAACUGUGAGUAUAAUAACGUUCCAAAGUUGGAAGCUCCCAGCUCUUGGAAGCGUCCAGACGUCGCCUUGUCGUAUGUAAUAAAAGGGAAAAAGCUCGCUUGGCUUUUCCAGCGACAGCAGAUGACUCAUUGAUGAGAAAGAAAAAGAGGAAUUUUUUGUUUGCAAUCGGACAAGAAUAUUCGAUUAUCUUCGAUAAGUUACAGAAAUCAACCGAGAAAACGUUUAGAAUUUGAAUCAGGCAAAGAGUGUUGUUGCUCAAAACCCGAAUUUACUUUAGAUAUAUUUUAGGGACGAUAGACGAUGCGUCUUGGGCGAUGUGCAAAGAAUGGACCCCAGCACAACACAGCCUUUUCCAGACGGCAAAUUUCUUUUUCGCUGCCGCAUUUUUGGUUCCUGGGAGCUUUAAGCAAAGCGUCCUUUUAGUUAGGGCUCUCCUCUCGUUCGGAUAUUUCUUCCUGGCCAUUUGGGGAGGAAUCGAAGUUUGUGCUCCCGAUAUUUUAUUAUGGAAUUUAAUAAUCGUGAUAUUAAAUUGUACACAUACUGCCUUGCUAACUUGGAGAUUUCUACCUCCAACCCUUACGCUGGAAUUAACCGAACUUUACAUUAAGGUAUUUAAGCCUCUUCGAGUUAGUAAAAAGCACUUUAAGGAACUGGUUAGAGAAGCCAAAGUUCAGACUUUAGAAUGCGGUGAUAUAUAUGCUGUGGAGGACGUAAGUCCUGCGGAUGAGAGACUAUCAAUUUUGCUCAAGGGAAGAUUACGUGUUACGUGUGACGAUACUCAUCUGCACUUUAUCAAUCAACAUCAAUUUGUCGACUCACCAGAAUGGGAGGCUAAUCACGAACAGUCUGAUGAUGUUUUCCAAGUGACAAUCACCGCCGAAGAGGACUCCACAUACAUUUGCUGGCCGAGAAUGAAACUGGAACGAGUUCUACGACAUAGACCGAUGCUCAAAACUGUCCUCGACGCCGUUAUAGGCAAAGACAUAACGCAGAAGCUAUAUGCGCUCAAUGAACACUUGAGUGGAUUAACUGAUGAAAGAAAUAGAGGCAAAAGAGACGCAUUGUGGGCAAAGACCAAUAGCAGAAGCAUGUCAAUGGAUGCAGUCAAUACCGGGACAUCCGGCUUGGUGCGCUCUCAGGCAUACAAACUAGCUUCGUUCAAGAACGUUCCUCCUUUCAGCCCAAACUUAGGCUCGAUGGGCAAACUCCAGAGCCACAAGCCCCAACAUUGGGUACCGGUGGUGGCAACGCAGUUCCCGAAAAAGUCUCCAUUUAUCCAGCAAAACUCUACAAACAGUCUUCGAAUACCGGAGAUUCAUUCGACUCCGCCGCCACAGCGGUCGAAAUCCUUGAAAGGAUCGAAAAAAGAUCGCGAAGUGAAAUUUAAGGCGCCGCUAAAAUAGGAAUAUAUAAUACCGAGGACUCAAGAAGUUGGAAGAGCCACUACUGUAGCUGAGACAAACAGUUCUUUGCAACUUUAAGAUAAGCUUCCAGUGCCACAUCACAUGCCUUUUUAGCAGGAUGGAAAUCGAAAAAUGCCGGCUUUCGAAUGGUCAAAUUAAGUGGUACUGUGUAUUACUGGAUUCUUGCUCGUUUGGAAUUAAUUUUUAUUUAAUCACUGAGCUGAGUUUUCAAGCAAAUAUCCAGUAAUACUCUGAUGAGUCUUUGGUAUUAAUCAGUGAAAGUUUUAGGGAACGCGUUAGAAGUUGAAACAUUGUUUAUGAAUGUUACUACAUUUUUAGGGUUUAUAGGGUCUACAUUGUGAUUUCGUUAUUAUUGGAAUUGUUCGAAUUAGGUUUAACUUUUGCACAAUUGAGUCUUGAUUUUCGUUUCAAACUUGCAUUAAGAAGACAUUUUUGGAAAACUACGUUUAGCUGAGUUAACUUUUGUGUCAACAUCGACGUGUUCAGUAUAAUAGAGAUGCGAAUUGUACUCAUAAUGGAAUUUGGCGUAAUUUUUUUACCAUCGACUGGUUUUUCUAAUUUGUAAUAUAAUUAAUUAGUGCACUGCUCGCUGUGAUAAACUACAUUUGCUUUUCCUAUGAAGUCAAUUUGUUUCCUGAAAUUUCCUUUUUAUUCGAAAUUGAGUGCUGUUGUUCGAGAACUUCGUAAACAUUUUUGAUAUUUUCCUUCAAAACACAUUUGUUGCAUUAGCUGAAAACAAACUGUAGAGGCUUUAGAUGGACGUGAAGGGUUUAAUGUUAUAACAUCGACAUAUUUUCAAUUUGGACCCUUUUUAAAUGACUGGGGAUUCAAACUACAACUGUGCUCUAUUUCGAGCGCAAUUGCUUUGCUAUAAAUUUCUCGCACUAUUAAAGUUUUAAUUAUUCCUGUAAAAACAAUAAUUUUUUGAUAUUAUAAAGUGGCAUUAAAUUGAAUCUCAAACCGAAAUUUUUUUUCCCCAAAUUAAUGAUACUUAAAAUUUAGUCACUCAAUAAUAAUUAAUGCCCAAUUAUGUGACCACAAAACAAAAUUGUGCCUUUGGUCUAAGAACCCUACAUAGCAAAAGCAUUUCAGCAAGUUUCGUUUUUCAUCUAAAGCACAAUUAAUUUAUUGAGUAGCCUGUCGACUAUGUUGUGCGUGUUUAAAUGUCGUAGCUGCAAUACGUAUACAAAAAAAUGUACAAAUACAUUUCUCAUUUGAUUUUAUCGAAGGAAAAGCUCAUUUGAAAUUACUUGUACAUUGUCUCACUAUAUGUAAGAUACAUUUAUACAGUCUAAUAUAGCCUAAACUUAUUUUACUCCCCGAUAUAACAUGUCACAUAGGUAAAUAAUCAAUGUCUAUUGUAAUGCAUUUUAAUAUAGACUAGUAAUUAACAAAGGACUCUGAACAUCUCAAACGAUCAAAAAAUCCACAAUUUGCCUUCCAAAGAGUAUAAGCUAUAUAUAUUUUAUAAGUAAUGAUCUCCAUUGCAACUGGUUUUUUUAUGUAUAGUAUUUAAUAUUA